GUCUUCCCACAUUUUCUUGAGAUCUCUGGACGCAAUGCCAGCUCCACGUCCAGAGACGGCCCAAGGAGCCAAACCAUCGGACUGCAUUGAAAGGUUAUCUUCACUUUUAGAACAUGCACUCAGGGAAGGUAGGGUAGAUGAAGACUCUCUCCCCGGUCCCCACUACUCUUACUUGCUCCAUGAGCCCCCUCUAUUUGUCUUCUCAACUCCUUUGCUCAGAGCGCUGCUAGACGACGACCUGGUCAUUCCCCCAAAUACCGGCCAUCUAUUCUCUUUCAUCAACCAGCACAAAGAUAGGAUAGAUAUCGCUUUGGAGUCGAUUUCACUGAAAUGUCUCGCCUUAUAUCUACUUAGGUCACCUGCAAAUGAUGGCUAUGAACUUGGGCUACAAUUAUUGAUGGACGAACCAGAGUACAUUACUGAUUCCGACUCAUUGCGCUCCCCUUUGAAAUUCCAUGAGUCGGACGAUAUUUUACAACUAGCAGAGUUGAACUUAGUCCAGAAACUCUACACAAUAUUCACAAGUGAGACGGGAGAUCCACGAAUUCGGAGGAUGGCUGGAAAGGCUUUUGCGGAGAUAGUGUACGAUUGUCCGGGCCGAUACUGCCAGUGGCUUGAAAUGCUGAACAGAAAUGACCUAAGACCAGUUAUUCUUGCAUUGGAUAGCCCCGACUACAUACUGACGUUCUUCGCAACCGUUAUAAUUGGGGUCUUAUAUGACUUCGGUGCCAUCGAUAGAUUAGAAUGGGAACCAAAUGGGCCCCUCUCAAAAAGACUCUCGAAAGCGAUAAAUCACAUACAGAGCGAGAAGAACUCCGCCAAACAGUUCCAUUCCUAUAUUUGUGAAGAAAGGGAGAAUCUAGUCAACGUAUGUGGCAGAACUAGACUGGAUGGUACUUUGCCUAUAUGCUAUUUCAUAGGGCUAGAUGAGGAAUACACGAAGGGGCGCUCACGGAAUCCUGCACUACUUCUCUUUGAUGCCGAUAGGAUAGACUUGAUACAACCCAGAGGGGAUGUCUCUGGCUUGAAAAUCGACUACGUGACGAUCCGCCUAUCUCGCCGUACCCGAACUAGAUGCAUUUUCCCCAACGAGAAUGGUGGUCAGAAGGGGCAUAUAUCCCUGCAUAUCCAUGCAGAUGAUAUUAUUGAAGUCAACGACCGAAAGAAGGACCAGAAGGUUAUACAACUUAGUAUCACGUCCAGAGACGAUAUGGCCAAAAUACGGAAAGGAUUCGAGGCCAUUGGUAUUAGGUGUCAAACGGAUAUCAGAACAAGCCAGAGCAAUCGAAGAUCAUCAUCGAUCGUAAUCCCGCUGGGCACAGAUGAUGAGGUUUAUUUCAAGUCUUUCCAACCUUCUGAGGCACCAUCUCAGACCGUGAUGGAUUCGAAUCCGCACCAUAUCCGCUGGAUGGACGAAUCGGCGAACCCGAUAGACCGACCUGAUUACGUCGUAGAUAAUGCCCCGGUGGACUCUCCCCAGAGCAGUUUGACAGAGUUUACUCGGACUCCAACUUUUCGCGGGACCUCUUCGCCGAGGGUGCGAGAAGGUUCUCAUUCUCAACAGAAUAAUCCCGAAUUAUUCGCAAAGGGCCAGUGUAUGGGACAAGGGCAGCACGUUCCAAAUACCGCCACUAAGCCCGCGAGUAGCGAAGAACUAACAGACAUCUGCCCGGAAAACAGGCAGUCCAGAGAGAAACGGACAUCCCAAAAUGAGAAAGAGGUCAGCGAGAGCGGACCUGCCAGAAACACCCGGUCAAAGUCCUCCCUAAGUGAGAAAUCAGUGUGCAAAAAUACUGUAUUAAAACCAAUUCCAUCAAAUACUCAAGAAUCUCUUAUUUUCCCGAGGCGCCGCUCUAGGGGAAAGCUAUAUACGGCGCCAACUAAGACGAAGGUGGAUUGGGACGAAGACCUUCGAGAGAGUGACCGUUCUGUUGAACCAGAAACCCGAAAAGAUUCUGGGUUGACAUCAGUCUCUUCGGCCCUGUCAAGUGGAAUUGGAUGUGCUUUAAAUAAAAGCUUAAAACCAUGCAGUGCACUCUCUAUCCGAAGAAAAUCCGCAACUAAACCCAAGAAACGGGCUAAGACUGGAAGCAAAAGAAAGGAGAGGAGGCUUGUAAAAAGACGGGUCAAACUCCCAUUAUCAUCCCCCAAAAUUGUUCAGGAUGAUACCCGCCCAGGCGAUUCACGUGCGUUUGUUUUAGAUGGGAACAACAUGGGGAACAGAAACAGAGCCUGCAAGGAGGGAGGCACUGCCAAUGACCCUUCUCCACCGCCCAGAAGCACUGAUGGCACAAGCUAUCAUUCAAUAUCUCAAGGAUCUGACACUCGUUGCGGCGAAUCUACAAUGGAGACUACCUUCGAGGGCGACCAACAGUCUGGUUGGGAUAACCAAGGUAGAGGCCAGACAGUUGCGGAAAAGCUAAUUGCAGCCUUGAGAGGGAGUAGCACACCGGAGAAGCAGUUUGGCAACACAGAGCAUAGACCUGAGGCUGUUCAUGAACCUGGUGAGCCACUAAAUGACAUUUUGCACGGUACCCUGGACGCAAAACACAAGGAACGCAGCGAGGGUAUGCAAGACAUGCCAGGUUCUCAGGAAUCAAACGUGUGCAGAAAUGGGGCUGCCGGUGACGAGAUAUAUUCCAUUGAGACAUGCUCCGUUGACUCGCCAGAUGGAAACCGAAACAGCCCAUUGCGAAACGAAGCAGAUAAGGGCUGGAUUCUCCGAGAAGGAAAAUCCAUCUUUGAGACUGAAAGUGAAGAGUAUAUUGAAAGAGCCAUAUGGAUAUCUUCUCCUGCCGCAAGCUCAUCAGGAAAGCCACGGUCGAGAGAAUCGUCAUUCGAGUUUUACUUUACAGGGGCACCACCGAAGCCCUAUUGUACCAUUCCUGUCCACUCAGAGAAGGCUGCGUCGUCCAAUCUGUUCAAGCAAAUCUCUUGCGUCCCGGAAGAAACAUCGAAGACAGUAACCACCACAGCCGGGGAUGGAGCUGCUUUCUCGGCCACUGACGCUCUAAGAGGGUUCAUCAAAAAUGGCCCUGACCAUGUUGCGCAGCGCCUAGACUCGAGCUCCAAACCCAUUGUAGACAAUAAUGGAAGUCCUAGGUUUAUGCAACGAGAGAAAAAAGAACACAUUACACCAAAGCGCUGGAGCCCUUUGCUUGUUCAACAACAACCAACUGUGAAAAAAAUGAAAACAACGCGCCAGGGGGGUGACAAGAACGUAACCUUUUAUGAAAUGGAGUGGAACCAGUCAAAGAAUGAUGAUUCCCCGACCAUGGACAGCUCACCGAUCACGACUUACACGGAUUCUGACAUUCGCUCCAAGAAAGAGACACCAGGAACUUUUGAGCAGGCUAUUAAAGGAUCAAGCAAGGGUCACAACGCGGUGUUUCCAACUGGCACUGGAAGGAAUUCCCCCUUGAAAGAUCUCAAGCGCACUUCACCUGGUUUGUCCAAAAAUGGGGGACGGCAUGGAAGCUCCGAGAACAGAGAAUAUUCUCUGAAACCACCAAGUACCACAGCUGGCAAGCUACCAUUGGAGAGAAAUAAUUCGGAACGAAAGGUGGCGUGCCAGCAGUCAGAAGACGCUGCCUGCGAAAUUGACUGGCAAACAUCACUGCAGGAACUCCACAGGUCAAUGGAGCUGACACUGAUCAAUAACAACAAACACCUAUCCCGUCAGAUUGAAAGUGAGAGGACCACCGUUAAUAGAGUGUUGAGCACAUAUAAACAGCAGUGUAAUGCUGUCCUUGAUCAACUCUUCGACGCGCAAAUGGAGCGUAUAAGGCUAUGCAAACAACAGAUGGACUCCAUCAAACAACAGCACGCAGAUGUUUGCCAAGGGCUCAUUCGUUGUCUGGAGGAGAAUGAAAGGAGUUUGACAACUGCGGAAGGAAAUGAGGGCAACUCGAUGCAUGACUAGUAGUUCUCUGCCGCAGGAGGUUGUGCGACAUGGUAUUGAAGAGCGCAGUGUUUUCUUGUAGUUUUACUUGAACCAGCAUAUAUCUAUUUGAGCGCUCAGGCCUCCCGAGGGACGCAAGGAGGUAACUCGCGGAUCCGCCAUACUGAGAGAACGGAUCAACGGAC